AUGGAGGUGGAGAGCAACAAGUCCGUGGUGCUCUUCCCAGACCACCAGCGGCGCGUUGUGAGCAUACAGAAGGCGCAGGAUGUUCUCCGCUUCGCGCCGACGGACCUCUCGAAGGCGCUGCGCUCUGUCGCCCGCUUUUAUAACCGAGUCAUGCUGGACGAGAAGAAAUACAAAGGGGAACUCAAGCAGAUCUACUUCAAGUGCGAGCAGAUGCUCGGCUCCGACGGGCCGCGCUUUGUGGAGUGGACGCGGGCCUUCUACGCCGAGCAGCGCAAGACUGAGCUGUACGACCAGGUGGACGACGAGGACGAGGACGACAUCGUGCUGUCCAGACCGCAGCCUCGGAGGCGCCGUAGGAGACGGAGACGAAGAGGCGGCGGCAGCGCCACUGCGCGCGGCGGCGAACUGUGA